ACUUCGUCCUUUGAGAGCUGGACAUCAGUCUCGAUAAUAUCGCAGCCGGCGUUUCUGGCCUGGGUGAAGGAAAGCAAGGUGUUUUCGGGAAAUAGUCUUCUGAAGCCUCUGUGGCCAAUGCACAAGGGCUUGGAGCUCAUUCUGGAGGUGCAAAAGAACAAAGCGAUGCCAAAGUUGGCAGGAAGAACAGCUGGGGGCAACGAGGGUUAUAAAGGAAACAGACGAAGGCCAAAGAUAAGCAGAGGUUAUCACAUGGAAACAUGGUGAGACAAAAGCAGCGUUGGGCAGGGCCAACGUGGGCUGGAGGCUCUUCUCCGGAAGCAGCAGCAGCUGGAUCGCCACCGAGCUUCCAUGGGUAAGCUACAACUGAUGCCAAUGGGUGUGAGAAGCCAGAGCCUCUGGGGAAGCUCAUCAGCUUGCCCCUUCGUCCUUACCAGUUUCCUCACCAGGUCUUUCGUUACGUCCCUCAGCAAAAAGACUUCUGACGAGGGCUACAUGAAGAGAAGGCUCGAACAGCUAGCCGAGGAGUCCUUUUUGGAGAACAGCAAAUUUUUCAAGAAGCAUGAGAAGCAAAUAUACAUCAGCGAAAAGAUCCCCAAGAACAUCGACAAGUUCUCGAAGGACAAUGCCUUGAGUGCUCCCUGGACUGGCGAGGAAUCAGUCCACGAUGCCAAUCUUAGAAUGUUGGUGGAUUCCCACAAGCCAUUGAAACAAAAGAUAUCAGGAAAUGGGCUUUUGAAGAUGCCAAUAGCAAAGAGAAAAAGUGUUUCUGAUCGAUUCUCUGAAGCUAGAGAAAAAUCAUUGGACUACUCACUAUCAAAAAUAUCUGAAACAAAGUCACCACAAGAGGAGGAAGACGAUGGCUUUAAAGAAAUGUACAGAGAAAGAUUGCUAGGUCCUGAACUAUUGGGUCCAACUUCUUUCGCCUCCACCAUAAGUGCUAUAUCCAGUUUGGCCGAUGAAAGAAUAGAAGAAGCUCGAAAAAGAGGCGAGUUUGAUAAUUUGCCCAACAGAGGCAAGCCUAUGGCCUCUAAUCCUCACCAAUCCAAUCCUCAUUUGGAUCGAACAGAAUACCAUAUGAACAAUAUACUAAUCAAACAAGACAUUGUUCCCCCCUGGAUCGAAAAGCAGACUUCUGUUGAUCUUCAAAUAAAGCAUUUUCGACAAGGCUUGCAGAAAAAAUGGAGAUCAAGAGCCAUCAAUCUGGUCAUUGAGAACAACAAGAAUUCAAACAAUCAGCAGAAAUUGCAAAUAAUGCAAUCAUUUGCUGAUAACGAAAUCAACAAAACUGGCCCACUACUACGAGAUCCUGCUUGGGAAAACUCUCAAAAGUCGUCUCUAACACCCACUCUCAGAUCCCUUAACGAUAUCAUCAGAGGCUAUAACUUGAUGGCUCCCAUGCCCUCCCAAAAGUUCUAUCUUCUUGAGGACAGAGAACUCGAGAGAUGCUACAAAGAAACCGCUCCUCAUCUCGUUGACGCCUUAAAGAGACACUUGAUGGGGGCCUCUUCCUCCACUCCACAGAUCAAAAUCAACCCAGCUACUUAUAUUCCACAAUCGACAAACACUUCCUCUGUCUCUUCUCUAUUCUGGAAAAUGUUCAGCAAGUAAAAACCAUCUUAAAUGCAUCCAAUCUCGUGUAGAAUCCUGUUGAUAUGUAUUUGCAAAUAUUCACCAAUAAACACUUCCACCCAACACCUUUGUGUUAACAAAUUAUGGCGGC